CCCCUUUCACAGAAGAUGUUCGUUUCUCCUAAAAUACCGCGGAUGUGGACAAAGUUGUAACUUCCGGUAGAAAAGGGAUAUUGUCGAGGUGCGGAGCGUUGAUUCAUUGUUGACUAACUGGAGGAGAGAGGUAAUAGAAGCUGGACGGUCAUUCAGAAACAUUUGGGACUUUAGGAAUGCAACUCAACAAGCCACUGACAGCGCAGGAGCCAAUGUGCCUGAAAUUAAGUAUCUGAAUUGACUUUACAGCUAGUUCGCUAGCUAGCUAGCUAGCUAUAUGUUGACAGGGGAAUCUCUUUCGCCGUGUAGCACAACAAGCCAUUCCAUGGGGAUGAGUUCAAGACAAGAGAGAAUACAAAAAGACGUCGACAUCGUUAUCCAGGGGUGUAAGGCUGAGAAAGAUUGCCUGUUUUCUGAUUUCCGGUACACAGACGCCACAUUCACAUUUACAUAUUCAAAGGGAUCUAAAAGGGUUUCAUAUUCUGUUCAUGUUUCUGAAGAUUACCCAGAUAAUACCUAUGUGUCAAAUUCUGAAAACAAUGACGAUGUUUUAGUUACAAGGGAUCCUAUUCCUGUAAUUUUCCACAAAAUAGCAACCGAAGUUAGUAUAAACAACGAUGCCACAAGCUGCCUGCCUUUCAAAUCAAAACUUCAGAAUGACCAAAACCAGGUUCAUUGUACCUUCGAGGAGGAUCCCGAAGCAGACAAUGAUUAUGAGGAAUUCUAUUACAGUGAUCAGGUUAACUAUGAUGGAGAAAUUCAAAAACACCCACAGCUGGAGGCCGACCUGGCUGCACUGAGGGAAUUACAUGGACCCCACGUAGUAUCUCUCAGGGAAUAUGGUGCAAUUGGUGAUGUUGACAUAGAUUUACACAUCGAUGUCAGUUUCCUCGAUGAGGACAUUGCCGAUGCCUGGGGCGUGAACCGGAGGGAGCCGGUGAUCGUACGGCUGCAUUGUUCGCUCACGCAGUACCUGAAUGGGCCAGAACCAACAAUUGAUGUGUUCCAAGCAUCGAGAAAGGUCAUGUUUGGACUUGGACGUCAGCUGAAGAAGAUAAUGCAGACGUUUGUCACUCGGAAGUGGAAGCAUCACUGUGAGGAGAAACUGAACUGCCCAGUCCUCAACCAGCCGCCGGAUAAGAGGGCGAAAUCACCGCUGACCCUCUUUUCAAGCCUUCGCAGAUCGCUCAGCUACCCUCCUCUUGGCUGUGGAACGAGCAAAAAGAAGCUGAGGCAGGAGCAGGACGGGGGGUCCAAGUCCCACGAUCUGCUGUGCCGGGCCGAGGACGGCUGUCCCAGCAGACCCUGUGAAGCCCCGGACCGCUCGGUGUCCAGCGAGCCGCAGGCGGAGCCAGCCCCGGCCCUCAGCCCCCGCAGGCGGCUGUUUGGGCCCCGCCCCGCCGCGGGGAGAGCGGACGACUGGCCGUACUCCGGGGGGCCCGACGGCGGUCUGAGGGGCCCGUGGAGAGAGGGGCUGGACGGCCUCGGGCCCCAAGGCCUUCUCGGCUCGUCCUUCUCCAGCGGCACCCGGCCGGCCCAGCCGGACCCGUGCAGGGAGCCCGUCUCAGGGCCCGAGAGCCGGCGGCUCCCCCUCACCUCAGGGCUCACGGGCGUGCUCGCUCCAGCGCCGCCCACCCCGCCCGCCUCUUUCUCCCCGCCCGGACCGCCCGCCUCGCCCGCCUCAUCCACCCCGCCCGCCCCGCCCGCACCGCCCGCCCCGCCCGCUCCUCCAGCCCCGCCCACGACAAGCAAUGCCGCAAAGUCAUUACCAGUGAGAGACAGAAGCUUCCUUGUCCAGACCAUGGAAUAUGCAGUGCAGAGGAUUCCGUUCCUUAAUGAGUACUGUGUGGUGUGUGAUGAACCUCACGUCUUUCAGAAUGGACCAAUGCUUAUACCCUCCAUCUGUGAGCGGGAGCUGUGUGUGUUUGCCUUCCAAAUGCUAGGGGUCAUGAAAGAUGCAACAGUUUACAUUGCCACAGGAGCUGAGGUUGUGGACUUACUGGUCUCUUUGUGCCGAUCUGCACUGCGGUCCCCAAGGAAGGAUGUCAUUUUUGAGCCAUUUCCUUCAGUGGUUGACCCCAGGGAUUCUCAGAAGCUGGCCUUUAACCCAAAGAUAAAGAACUACAAUCGAGUUAUGAAUGCCCUUGACAACCUUACAUCAAUCAGAGAAAUGACAAAGGGAUCUUACUUGGAAAUUAAGAAACAGAUGGACAAGCAAGACCCUCUAGCUCAUCCUCUACUGCAAUGGUUGAUAUCCAGCAACAGAUCUCACAUAGUUAAACUCCCAGUAACCAGACAACUGGAGUUCAUGCAGACCCCUCACCAGUUCCUCCUCCUCAGCAGUCCACCCGCCAAAGAGUCCAACUUCAGAGCCGCCAAAGCCAUUUAUGGCAGCACCUUCGCUUUUCAUGGGUCUCAUAUAGAGAAUUGGCAUUCCAUCCUGAGGAAUGGUUUGGUUGUUCCAUCGAGUUCGAAGCUCCAGCUCCAUGGCGCCACCUAUGGGAGUGGUAUCUACGUCAGCCCAUUGUCCAGCAUUUCCUUAGUUUACUCAGGGAUCUCUAAAAAACUGCAGAAAGUUGCAAAAAAGGAUGAGACGGCAUCAGACUGCAAGACCAACACAAAUCUGCAGUCUCAGAAAAAAGGACAGCAGCCACAGUUUUUGCAAAGCUGUAACCUGAAAUGCAUUGCCUUAUGUGAAGUAAUCACUUCUCCUGAUCUGCACAAACAUGCUGACAUCUGGGUGGUUGCAAACACGGAUAACAUCUGUACAAGGUUUUUCUUUGUUUAUGAGGAUGGCCAGGUUGGUGGCACAAGUGUCAACACACAAGACAGCAGUGUCCACAGCGAGAUACUGCGUGUCAUAGGCAACCAGACUGCCACUGGAUAAAAAUGACCAACACAAUGCUGCUUAUACCCGCUUCUACCUCAAAGCUGGAUCCUGAGGUAAAGAAGUAAAAACAUUCUGGUCGGUUAAUCAAGGAAAGACACGACUUAAUGUACUUGUGUAUGUUGCGAAUCUCCAACAAGAGCUACACUGUUUAUAGCCCUGUUGUGACAAAGGUAUUUCCACGAACAUCGCUUACGUAUAAUGUAAAAAUACCCGUUGCUUCGGAAGUCACAGUAUAUAUAUUUGCGGUCCAUAAGUAUUUGGACAGUGACACAAUAUACAUAUUUAUUUUUUGGCUUUGUACUCCAGUUCAUUGGAUUUUAAAUGAAACAAUGAAUAUGAGGCCCCGUUCUGGCCCUGAAAAACUCGUUGGUUGCUUUAGCAGUGUGUCUGGGGGCACUGUCCUACUGCAAGUUAAGUCCAAUGCGUUUUGAGGUAUUUGAUUGGAUCUGCACUGAUGUUUCUGUACACUUCAGAAUUCAUCUUACUGCUGCCGUCAGCAGUCAAAUCAUUAUUAAUGACAAGUGAGCCAGUUCCAAUGGCAAACAUACACGCCCCAGCCAUAACGCUACCUCCACCAUGUUUUGAAGAUGAGGGGAGUGCUUUGGGAUCAUAAGCAGUUCCUUUAUUUAUCCAAACUUAUUUUUCCACUUAUUUAUUUAUCACUUUGGUACAGGUUAAUACUCAUCUGUCAAUAAGAGUUUGUUCCAGAAUUCUACAGUUUUUUAAUGUAUUUUUUUUUUUAGCAAACCUGACUGUUCUGUUCCUGAGGCUUACGAGUGGUUUGCAUUUUGCAGUGAACCCUCUGAGGUUAUGCUGUUGUAGUCUCGUCUUUAUGUUGUCUUUGAAACACCUAUGCCUACAUCCUGCGAGUGUACUUGAUCUGUUCGACAGCUGAAAAAGGGUUUUAUAAUUCAAAGUAUUCUUUGGUCAUCCACUACAGUGGUCUUCCGUGAUGUACCGGGUUGUUU